AUGAUCUGGCCAAUCGAAGAGGCGACUUUUUGUUGUCUUUUUGCCCACAACUCCGGCCAGAGACGAAAUGACGAGACAGCCGAGCUCGGGCAAUGCCAAAUCGUCCGACGUCUCUACUUUCCAUUUAUCCAAAUCGGGUUCCGGGUGCGAGUCCCGCCCGGGCCGUUGGCCUCUUCGCUCAACCCUCUCUUCGAGUCGUCAAUUAUGGACUUUCUGACUAAGGCAGAUGAUACAGAGAGCCUGUCUGGCUUCUCGCGAGGUUCAUCCGAACCUCGGAUUUCAGACGGGAACCACGCAAAAUGA